AUGAGCGGCAAGGGGCACUGCAGAUUCGAUACAUCAGAAGAAGGCUCCGAAUUUGCCGAGUUCUACGACUUCUCUGAGCCGGAAGACGUCGCAGGGAGCGAGAGUGAGAGCGAUGGCGAGGGCGACGAGAGUAGUCAGGAGGAGAUAGCGGCAAGCCCAAGUCGAAAGCCACAGCCGGUUGAUCAAGACUCGAUCCGUUUACCGUCAGGCAGAAUAAUAUCGAGGCAGUCAUCAGCACAAGUGGCGCCGUCAUUUACGCAGCUGCGCCGCCGGACUCGAGCCUACGCUUCACGACUCGAAUACUCCUUGGUGGACCCCAAAGAGGACGAGGGGUCUAGCAGAGAGGAGCCCGGCUUGGAUGUCCCCGAAACGCGAGUGUUAUCAAAGAGGGAGAAACGGGAGAAGGAGAUUGUGACAAACCGCUUGACAAGUAUGAGCGCGAACGACCGGAACAGCCUGAUACACUUGCCCGCAUCGCAGCAGCGCUCGUUAAUAGCGGCGCAACUCAGGCACGCGGGAAAGGUGCAGAAAGAAGAGAGGCGAAGACAGGACAAGAUCGAUCGGAAGGGGAACAAGAACUUGUAUGCGUACUGGCACACUGAAACGCCCGUCUACCAAUGUGGCUAG